UUCUCCUGCUCCUUGGAUGCUGCCUGACCUGCUGCGCUUUUCCAGCAACACAUUUUUCAGCUCUGAUCUCCAGCAUCUGCAGUCCUCACUGUCUCCUCCGUUUGCUGAUGGUCAGUUGUUGCAACUAGCUCCUUACCCGGUGCAGUCCGGCCCCCCUGCUGACAGAGGAGCUGCGACAUGACAGCUUCAGGCGGCAGGGCCACGAACUGAUUCCAAACGUCGUUGGUGUAAAAAUCGACUGUGUGCACGUUUGCUAUCUUGAGGUAAACGUCCAGGAACUCGGUGAGGCUUUUGAUUUUGCUCCGCACCAGGUCUAAGCCGACAUCCGCGGGGAAGAGCAUCGUGAGUGGAGGUGGCUGCGGGCCCGGCCUCGGCCUCCCAGACUAACCAAGGCACCGGGGGGUGGCAACAAAAUGAAGAACGUUGUCCGUAAAUCUAUUAACAGUAAUCGUUACACAAGAUGAGAGGGCCGAUGCUCCACGUUCCCCGUACCCCCCCCCCCCCCCGGAGUCAGGGAUGGUUUGAUCGCUCGCGGCCGCCGUCUCCCUUUCCCCUUGCGCCCCCGGUCGCAGGUUGAUGACGUUACCAUCAUGGCGCCCAGCUCGAGGAACGGAGACGGCGGCUCCUUUCGGAAGAAGGUUCCCCCCGGCCCCGGCCCCGCUCCCGGCGGCCGGCAGAGAUCGCAACAAAAGCAGCGGUGGAGAGCGAAUCACUUCAAGAAAGGUUGGGGCAAUGUUAGAGAAGGGCAAGGCUUUGCUUUCCAACAGAAGGAGAAGAUCAAGCAUGACUAUAAGAAAAUAUUGAGAAAAGAAAGGAAAGCCCAGCGUACUGAAGAAGUACAGUUUACUGAGAAUUACCCAGAUCAUUUGCGGCACCUGUAUCUAGCUGAAGAAGAGCUUGUUAAAAAACAAUCCGAGAAAGCCAAAAAGAAAGAAACUGAAACAAAUGAUCAACCAACUUUACAAGCAGAGGGGGGGAAAAAGAAGAAGAUUAAGUCAUCAUAUCAAAAGAUCAUAGAAGAAUUUGAAAGAAAGCAGGCGGAAAAAUUAAAACAGAAAGAGGCAGCUGAAAAACAUCAACGAGAAAAGGAAGAGGCGCAGAGAAAAUACAAGCAAGAUAAACUAGAGAGGUACAGAAUACUCAGCAAAAAAACAAGAAAAGGACAGCCAAACCUGAAUCUACAGAUGGAAUACCUGCUUAAAAAAAUACAAGAGAAUCAAGGCAUAAAAUAAAAUCACAUACUUUUGACCUCAA